AUGUGCGCUCCCGCCUUUCUGCCUGCCUGUGCUGCAACACAGAAAGAGGACGCGCUGCGGCAUUCUUUGUCUGGGGUCUACCUUCUUUUUUCUCUCGUACUUUCGAUGGAUGCUCACUCCCCUUCCUGGUCUGGCCUUCGCACUGACUUGCUCCUUAGCAUGGCAAAUCGCCUUGAUUCUCGCAUUGAUCGUCUCUGCUUCCGUGUCAUUUGCUAUCCAUGGCGCUCUGUUCUCCCUCCACCGUCCCGGGGGUCCGCUUCUCCCUCUCCACCUUUCAAGCUUCCCUUCCCAAUGGGUCCCAACCUUCAUCUGAAUCCCAUACGUCGUGGUUACUUCAACCUGACUCACUCCACUGUCUACUGCCUUCAAUCCCUCAAGAGAAUUUCAGACGCUUCGAAGACUACCGAGUGCUGGUUCAUCAAGGUUGAGGAGACCAAAGAGCCUGGCAACUUUUGCCUCACGGAUCCUCUCUCUUGGGUUUCUGAGAUAACUAAGGUUUAUGAUCUUCAAUUUGUGGGAAAUAAUAAAAUACCUGAACUAGACCUUCCUGAGAGUUUUUCUGUCCGCGCUAUGAGAGUAGCUGUGUGUUCUGAGUGUCCUGCUUCUGCCGUUAUGGCCAUUCACACUGCUGGCCAAUUGAGUAUUUGGAGAAAGGGUGAUAAGAAGUGGAUUUGUAUAAGCGAUGGCGGAGACGGCACUUGUUAUGAUGACGUUGCUUACCACAAUGGAAAAUUUUAUGCUGUGGAUACCGACGGCUUAACUAUUUCAAUAGAUGUGUCAUUGAAUACUGCACAAGUUGUCCCAGCAAAUGCCUCGUUCUGGCACUUCGAUUCUGAGCAUAGAGUUCCUGCGGGUCUUGAUUAUGAUUCCGACAAGGAUAUUCUCCCCACUUAUUUUCAUGUUUAUAAGUUGAUUGAGGAUAAACGCAAAUGGGUUCCGGUGAAAAGCUUAGGAGAUAGAGCUAUAUUUGUUGGUGAGGAUUGCGCUUUCUCUGUCUCAGCUCAAGAAUUUCGUGGAUGCAAGAAGAAUUGCAUUUACUUUAACGAACGUGACUUCUUGUGUGGUGAUCUUCGUCAACAUUGUCCGGGCGGUGCUGCUGCAUUGUUUGACAUGGGGGAACGUUCUGCUAAGAUGCUUUCCGGAGUAUCUAUCUAUUCUGGACUUUUCUGGCCUCCGUCCUGUUGGUACUGUUGCUUUUAUGAUGGUGUUUUGGGGGAUGAACUCUUAUGGCACUGUCCAUAUUUUCAAUAUAUUGCGGUCCUAGUAGGAAUGGAUAAGCAGAGCGGUCCCAUCGCAUGGCUGGGAUAUGGUUUCGUUUCCAACGCUCCCUCCUCCAUGGGCGGCGGUUUCCGGCUUGUCCAAGGACUACUCAUCAUUAAUCUCUAG